AUGACUCGCAAGCUAACGGAUUAUUUUGACAAACCUGAGCGUAGGGCCAAAAACUCUCGUAAGGAAUCUGAAGCUUGCGCUAUAGAACUGGAACCGUCACAGGCAUGUGCAUCUAGAGACUACAAUUCCGACAACACAAAACAAUUGGAAGAAAGAUCAGAAAGGACUGAAACAUAUUAUGACCCAUAUGACAUAGGAAGAGCUGUUACAGGCGCCUUACGUGAUGAUGAGAAGCUUAAGUUUUUAAAGAAUACUUGGAAGCCUCCUGCAAACUUUUCUUUUCCUACUCAAUUAGAAAGGAAGCAAAAUCGAAGAUUUAAGCAUGAAUGGAUGAGCCAGUACAACUGGCUUUCAUACAGUAAAAUGUUAUGUGGUGGAUUUUGUACUGCAUGUGUUCUGUUUUCUCCUUCAGGUGCCGGAAUCGGCUCCCAGGCGUUGAAAACGCUGGUAAAAGAACCGCUGGUCAAAUACAAGAAGGCUAUGGAAGAUCUUCGUCAUCAAGAAAACACAAAAUAUCACAAAUUUUCCAUGGAGAAGGCUAUUGAUAUGGAAUCAAGUAAAAAAAGUAUUGCCGUUGUCCUCGAUACCAAGAAAUCUUCAGUUAUUGAAGAAAACCGGAAACGCUUGAGGCCUAUUAUAAAGACUAUAGUCCUGUGUGCUAGAAAUAACCUACCUUUACGAGGACAUCAUGAUCAUGGUUUAAUUCCUCAGCUAAAAGAAGAAAAAACUGAUGAUCCUCUAGAGGGAAAACAUAGAGUGUUUCAGAGUCUUUUGGCUUUUCGUAUGGAUGCUGGAGAUGAAGAUUUAAAACAACAUUUCAGUACAUGUGGCCGAAACAGUUCUAUGAUAAGUAACACGGUCCAAAACGAAGUCAUACAUUGCAUUGGUGACGCCAUUCGCUCCUCGAUAUCGAGGGAUGUGAAAAAGGCUAAAUUUUUUAGCUUUAUAUGUGAUGAAACAACUGAUGUCACCACUAAGGAACAGAUGACAUUUUGUGUUAGGUACAUUGACACAGAGACCUUUGUUACCAAAGAAGACUUUCUGGGUUUUACUAAGCUUAAAUCAGCUACUGGCACUUCGAUUGCAGAGGCCAUCGAUGAAGAACUCAAGACACUGCGGCUGAGCUAUCAAUAUCUUUGUGGACAGGGCUAUGAUGGCGGCUCAAACAUGACUGGGAGAUUUAAAGGAGUUCAAGUUCUUAUUUUAAUUAGAAAUAUGAUGGGAAUUGUAGGAUCAGUUUCAGCAUUCUUGUCUGCCUCUACAAACAGAAAAAGUUCCCUAGAGGAAGUUAUAUCACGACUACCGUUCACAGAGUCAAAGAAAACAAAGUUGAAGGCAAUGUGUCCAACAUGA